ACUAACGUCAUGUUGGCAAAACCGUAAACGCAAACUUCCGGUUUCUGGGAACGCUAUCAAUUUACAGCAAUUUUGGUAUAUUUCUCAUGAUCCAGAAAACUUUACGCCAAAAUGGAUUGGCAAUUAACGUGCAGAGUAUGUUUGGAAAGCGGUGAUAUGGUGUCUCUGUUUGAUUGGGACGAAAACAAUGAACAACUGAGCGACAAGUACACGUACUGCUGUGGCGUGGAGGUAAAUAAGAACGAUACAUUGCCAACGCUAAUUUGCUUGAACUGCGUAGAUAAGCUCACGUUUGCUUACCAGUUUAAGCAACAAUGUCUCACGUCCAACGAUACGCUGAAAGAAUGCUUAGAAGAAUUCAAGAAAAGUUCUGCAGCUGUUACAGCAAAUUCUUCAAAAGAAACAGAGACAAUCACUAUAAAGCAGGAAAAUGGAAUGAUGCUGCAAUACGAGUUGCCAGUGGAGCAUGACCCACACGGGCAAUGGUCUCGGAACAUUGUCAAGAGUCCAGUCAAAACGGUGGUCACUAAAGGACCAGGACCGAGAAAAAGGGGAAGACCUAGGAAGUACCCUAAUCAACAGGGAGGAAUAGAAAUAUCCCCAUAUCAACGUAAGAAGCCAAAACAACCCGCCAAGGAACCUGAUUCACUUACAACACUACUUGCAAAUGGUGGACUAGAAGGGACACUGAAGGAGGAACCCGCUGAUGUAGAUGAUGAACCGUUUGGUGGUGGUGGUGAUUUUCCUGAUGAUGAUCCCGAUUUUGUACCUGAUGGGGAUUCAGAAGGAGAAGGACUUAAAGAUGAAGAGUUGCAUCUUAGAGAGCACUCGCAACCAAGAAAGAGGGGUAGACCGCGCAAAGCACCCAAGGAACCAAAACAAAAACCUAAAGAGGAGGAUGGGGAAGAUGUCUUGCUCAAGGAGACUAUACUUGCUUUCUCGGAACCAAUACCAGAUCAUAUCCUCAACCCCAAGCCUAAGAAAAAGUAUCCACAACAAAAGAAAAAAUAUGUGUAUGAAAAAACUCAUACAUGUGAGACCUGUGGAUCCUCGUUCACAUCUAAUGCUUCCCUGCAGGCCCAUAUACGUAGGCAUUUAGGCAUCAAGCCUUUUGUGUGCAGCGUGUGUGGGUUCGCUUGCGUGAUGAAAGAAGCUCUAAAGCGUCACAUGCUGCGACACACCGGAGAGAGGCCGUACAAGUGCAGAAUAUGCGACAGGCGAUUUGGAGACUACGGCACUAGGCAAAAACAUGAAAGGUUACACAUGGGCAUACGUCCAUACCAAUGUUCGUUGUGCGGCAAAUCGUUCACAUAUUCGUACGUGUUGGCGAAUCACAUGCUCACGCACACUGGAGAGAAGAAAUAUUCAUGUGGCCCGUGCAACAAGAAGUUCACAAAGGCGCAUCAUCUGAAGUACCAUAACAAAGUACACCACAAGGAGCUGUACAUUCAGCAGCAGCUCGAGCAGGAGGCCAAGAAGAUGCGCCGCCAGAUGAACGUCACCGGAAUCUCAGGAGUCAUAUCCGGACAGAUCGUUGAUGGGACACUGCAAUUCAUACAGGCUAACUCAGAAGAUGGUGAACAAGAUAACCAAAUGCAAGUAGUGGAAGAGCAUCAGAACCAAGACGAUGACGAGAAGGAAACAGACCGCGCGGUUGCCAGCAUGCAAGCGGUUGUGUUGGAUGAAGAUUUUUGUAUCCGUACAAAUGACAAAUAAUGUAAUAAAUGGAAUAAACUUAUUUUAUAAGUUGGCAUCAAUUAUGUGUUUCGUAAAGCAUGACUGUAAAUAUUGUCUUUGUAACAAUUAUUGAUUUAUUAAAAUGUUUGAUGUUAACUCUUUAGAAUAUAGCCUAGAUAGUGGAUCAAAAGAUUGUUUUUUAUGUGAAGAUGAAAUAUUCCUUGUACAGUAGUUUUAUGUAAAUUGAUUAACGUAUUAUAAUAGUUUAUAUGUAAUCAGAUGCAAUAAAUGUAAUAAAGGAAAAAAUGCCGAGUUUUCUAGUGUAAAACAAAAAAUAUAAAAAUUUUGUUAAGUUUAUUUUAUAAGAGGCUCAUAAGUUUACUUUUUGCAAAUACAUGAUAUUAUACACCGUAAUUGUGUUUUUGAACAUAAAUAAUAUAUCGGUUAUGUCAUUCAAA